CUUUAAGUGUAUUACAAAACCCACCCCAUGUUGGCAUGUUAGAUCCUUAAUUACCGAAGUUUACAAACAAAGAUAACUUAGCAAACCAAUCCAAAACAAACCCACUUUCUCAAUCUAUAAAUAGAUUUCAAAGAUGGUUCAUUUCAUUAUCAGUUUAGUUUCAGAUCAAUUCUAACUAGUAUUGUCAAUAAUUCUCUAGUGAAAAUAGUACCAACUAAUGAUGAAGAAUUCCUUCAGUGUCCAAUGUAUAGUUAUCACUAUGUUAUUCAUCGUCUCAACGGGAGCUUCUUACCAUCCACCACAGAAAGUAGGUUGUGCAAAUAGUCGUAGUAAAUGCUCAGCUAAGUCUGUUACUUGUCCAGUCGAAUGCCCAAGUGUUCAACCAACAGACCCGAAUGCUAAAGCUUGCUAUAUUGAUUGUAAUGUACCAACAUGUGAAGCUAUUUGCAUAACUAGGAAACCUAACUGUAAUGGUUCCGGAGCAGCUUGUUUAGAUCCCAGCUUCACCGGUGGAGACGGUACUGUUUUCUACUUCCACGGGAAGAGCAAUGAACAUUUUAGCUUAAUCUCUGAUCCCAACCUCCAAAUUAAUGCCAGGUUCAUUGGCCUACGGCAUGAAGGGAAAACUAGAGAAUAUACAUGGAUUCAGGCUCUAGGUAUGAUGUUUGAUUCUCAUACCUUCUCUGUGGAAGCCAGGAAAGUAGCAAAAUGGGAUAGCGAAGUAGACCAACUCGAAUUCUCUUUCGAUGGGAAAGCAUUAGUAAUACCAGAAAUCCAUCUUCCCGGAUGGAAGUCUCCUGAACAAGACCUAAAAGUAGAGAGAACAUCAAACAAAAACAGUGUCAAGAUUACUCUCACAGAUUUUGUAGAGAUUUCAAUUAACAUUGUUCCAGUAACAAAGGAAGAUAACAAGGUUCACAACUAUCAGCUACCUUCAAAUGACUGUUUUGCUCACUUGGAAGUACGGUUUAGAUUCUUCGGCCUUUCUCCUGAUGUAGAAGGUGUUCUUGGGAGAACAUAUAGACCAGAUUUAAAGAAUCCAGUAAAGCCCGGUGUUGCGGUGGCAGUAGUUGGUGCUGAGGAUAAAUACAGGACAAAGUCGCUUCUUUCCUCUGAUUGUAACUCUUGUGUGUUCUCCCCAACUGGGGUCGUUGCAAAUGACAAUCCAUUACUGAUGGAUUAUGGCACACUGGAUUGUUCUCGUGGGGGUAACGGCGGAAACGGCAUAAUCUGCAAGAAAUGAACGUCAACCUUUGUACAUACUACAAACGAUAAAAGGAUGGCAAGGGACUUUUUUUUGUGGUACUGGUUAAUGUAGUUUCCAGUUUCAUUUUAAAAUCUGUACUUUUAUCUUUGAUGUUUAAAGCAGCUGCAAUACAAAGAAAGUAGUUUCCAGUUUCA